AUGUCGGCAGGGUCCUCUCGGACUCGGCAAGCGGCAUCCGCCGCUGGUGGAGUACGCCGCAUGCGUUGGACAAGGGAUAUGAACGCAAACGCAUUACGGGCGUACUAUAGGGCGAAAGGGGAAGCAACUGCAGCGAUAGCGUAUCAGGCUCGGAUGCAUUGCUUUUUUGCUGAGCUGGAGCCGUCUAUUCCCGUCACGGAACAAAACCUGGCAGACCGAGUUCAGUACAUCAUGCGCUCCAAAAUAUUUGAUGAUGCCGAGCUCGAACGACUACGACGUGAGGCCAUUCACUCAUCGAAUGAAUUGGCUACGGCUGGGGAUGCGGCUCCUCAGGCGACAGACCAGCUGCCACGCGUAGAAGCCGCCAUGGAUCUUCCAGUUGUGGUUGAUUUGGACGAUGAUGAAAUGGUCUCUCACGAACUAGAGCAAAUGAGGAGUAUAUUAGAAGAGGCGAUUUUGGAAACGCGCAGCAUGCCUCUCGAAAAUCGACCGCGACUUCCCCGCAUACCCCUAAGCAAGCGAAAUCGGGCUGUCGUGAUGGCUCUUAACCCAAUGCUAGUAACCUUUUUGGAAGCCAGCCGGGACCUUUGCGAGACGGACUCAGUUCUUUUUGGCGCCGCAGUGGCAGCUUGCCGUAUUAUUGGCGCCAAACUUCCCAUGGCUGGACGCGCUACUAAACAAAGUAGCGCCAUCCCAGCCUGGAGAAAAAGAAUUGAGGACCGUAUCGCAAGGGCAAGGGCCCUCAUCGGCAGACUGAUAUGCUUCAGGUCAGGCAAUACCAGGCCAAGGAUUGUGCGCACCGUCAGGAUGGCGUUUGCUGGGACAAAUGCCGGAUAUAACGCAAAAACUGACGGAGCGCAUAGACGACCUGAAGCAAAGAAUCGCUGCUUGGGGAAAGCGGAUUCGGCGAUAUACCGAGAGGUCGACACGGUUCAACCAGAAUCGUCUCUUCCAGAGUGA